GCUAACAAUGAGACGUCCAAAGAUAUCGUUAAAAAAGUAUUUUUACUUUACAAUAAUAUGUGCGUUAUUGUUGAUAUUUUUAUAUAAUUUUAAAGAACGCGAUGUAUGGAAAUCGAAAACUUCGGCCCAAUCAUCAUCGGCAUCAUUGCUGCAGCAACAGCAUCAUCAACAACAACACAUUGAACCGAAUCAAGCCGAUGACACAGAUCAUCAAAAUGAUGCCACGGCAGAUAGUGGUGAACAGCAACCACAAUCGCAACAACAGCAGCAACAAUCACAAUCAUCAUCGAAUGUGCUGCAAGCGCCACAGCAGCAGCAACAACAACAAAAUCCAAUAGCUUCCGACAAUAUGGAACCCCUGCCACGACCAUGGUUCUUCAAGGAUGGCGACUAUUAUCCGAAACCAGCAAAAAUCCCCAAAAAACGUCGUGGCAAAAAAGCCCAUUUACAGGGUUCCAAACUAUUCCCCUAUCAGGAUCCGCACAGUGAUCGCAUUGUCAAUCAACUGAUGUAUGUACCGCCCAAUUAUGAAGAGAUCAAAUCGAGUGGUAAAUUGAAAACGAUAUUGUUGUAUAAUGGUCUGGGACCAUGGAAUGUGAAAGCAGGUCGUGAUGUCUUCCUACGCUCCAAGUGUCCUGUGGACACAUGUACCAUAACAGCCUCACGCGAUCAAGCCAAUACAGCCGACAUGAUUUUAUAUAAGGAUCAUUAUAUACCGACGGGUAUUAGACGGCCAGCCAAUUCAAGACAGGUCACCAUGCUGUAUCAUUUGGAGUGUCCAUAUCAUACACAAAAUGUCAAAGUACCGGAUGCUGUCAAUUGGACGGCAACAUAUAGGCGUGAUAGUGAUAUUGUGGCGCCCUAUGAAAAAUGGCAAUACUAUGACAAUCGUAUACGCCAGCAGGAGCAAGAUCGUAAUUAUGCUGCCAAUAAAACCAAAAAGGUGGCCUGGUUUGUGUCGAAUUGUGGGGCGCGGAAUGGUCGUCUGCAAUUUGCCCAUGAAUUGGGCAAAUAUAUUGAUGUUGACAUUUAUGGAGCCUGUGGCAAUUACAAAUGUUCCCGCGUCAAUGCGGACAAAUGUUUUGAAAUGCUCGAUCGUGAUUAUAAAUUCUAUUUGGCCUUUGAGAAUUCGAAUUGUCGGGAUUAUAUAACGGAGAAAUUUUUCGUCAACGCUCUGAAUCGUAACAUUCUGCCUAUUGUAAUGGGUGCACGCCCAGAGGAUUAUGAAGUUAGCGCACCACAGCGUUCAUAUAUUCAUGUCGAUGAAUUUGCUUCCGCAUCAGAGUUGGCGGAUUAUCUGCAUAUACUGGACAACGAUGAUAAGCUAUAUAAUUCGUAUUUCAAUUGGAAGGGGACUGGAGAAUUUAUAAAUACCUAUUAUUGGUGUCGGGUGUGUGCUUCGCUGCACGAUGAGGAUUCGUUGAAAAAACCGCGAUGGUAUACCGAUGUGAAUGAUUGGUGGCGUGGUGCCGGUGUCUGUACAAAUGGUUCAUGGCGUAAUUUUAAGGCCCGCAAAGAUGUAAUUACCGAUGAUUAA